AUGCACCCCUUAACGGCAUCGACUUAUGAAUAUCUUGCACAAACAGAUGCCCUACGAGGCAUGGCAGGAGAUGUCAUCAAGGCGUACACCAAAGCCAUGGAUAUUUUCAACACAGUGCUUGGCGGUGGUCAUCCCCAGACGAAAAGACUGACGGCUAGCUUUGAAUUGUUUCAGCGCGAGAAUACUGCGAAUGCACUGAAUAAACAGGGUACGGUUCUGAAGGCGCAUGGAGAUUUGGAAAAGGCGACGCAACUCUUCCUAGAAGCGCUGGAUAUUUACAAGGAAGAUUAUGAUUCUCAUCGCUACAUGAUAGAUAUCUCCGAGAAUAUUUCGGAUGUCAAAUUUGAACAGGAUUUGCUGGAAGAGCGCAUUGCUGUGAGUGCAGAAGCCCUAAAGAUGCGUAGGAGAAUACCGAUACUUGGGGACAAUCACAUUGACACGAAACGACGUAUGGAAGCACAUAGAUCUUUGCUGAAAUCACGGCUGUUGGAGAAUCGGAACUAA